UUUUGGUCAUUAUUCCUAUUGUUUUUUUUCCCAUUAUAUUUAUAAAAAAAUUACAUGUUGGUGUAUACAUGUAAUUCAUAUUUGAAAUAGGCGAGAGAAAAGCGUUAGAUUCAAAAGAUUAUUGGAUGAAAAAAAAAAGUACUUUUAAUCAUUGAAUUAAUGUCACGUAUAAAAAAAAAUAUAAGGAAAAAUAUGUGCCUGCUUCCUCUGGAUGUGCAAGUAUAGUUGGGAGUUUGUCAAAAGAAAAGCAGAAAACAGUUGACACUGUCUCUUCGUACACAAGUUUUUACUCAGAGCUGCCUGUAUGUGUGUACACACCGCUACACAAACAUUAGCUUGUGUUUCUUUAGAUUAAUGAAGCACUAACAUCUCGCAGUGUUUUUCAGGAUGAGCUGAGUGCAUGGCAUUACACAUGUCGCCCCACUCACUGGCAGCAAUCAAAUCAAAAUGUCUGACCCCUGCAGUAAUCAGUGCCUGAUACGUUCAUUGAUAAGAAUUUCGCUAAACAUUUUAUCUGCCGGUGAUAAUUCGUAAGUACAAUCUGGAGGUUUACUUCAGAGGUUAUGAUAAAGUUCAGUUUGAGGAGAAACAGAUGAGGCCAGCUUCAUUAAACAGAAACGUGAAUUUUUUCGAAAGCUUGUAAAAAAAAAAAAUGUUUUGGUAAGAUGUAAUCCUUGAUGUUUUUUUGUGUUUCAUUUAAUCGUCACCAAAAAUGCCACGGUUUUAUUUUCAUAUAAAUAAAUAAUUGUAGCAUUUGCUCAUGUCUAAAAAAAAGGUGUAUGUCUACGAAGUGACAUACUAGCACUACAGAACCAUUCCCAACAGCUGGACUUCUGGGUAGGCGGGCGUAUCAAGGGUUGAAGGUCCGCCCUGCUCGCCCGACAUGAGACGGACAUGAGUUACGCGGAGUGCCGACUGUUUCUGUGCGUGGGCGUGGGGCUGUGCCUUGUCUGGGCCGCCCUGCGACUUGUGCCCGCCCCGUGUCGCCCCGAAGACAGUCCGCGCACGGCGUACCAGCAGGUCCCCACCUUAGUGAGGGAGGGGAGAGUGUAUGCAUACAGCCGAGACAUGCCGCUGAUAUUCAUCGGCGGGGCACCUCGCUCGGGAGCCACGCUGAUGCGUGUCAUGCUUGACGCUCACCCGGACGUCAGAUGUGGGCCGGACUCUCAUGUCAUUCCACUUAUUCUGGAGAUGAAGUCCCGCUGGCUUCGAUCUCGAGAGAGAGUGACGCUUGAAGAAGCAGGUCUCUCUAAAGAGGUGAUCAACUCCGCGAUCGCAGCGUUUGCGCUGGAGAUCAUCACGCGGCACGGCGACCCGGCGCCCCGGCUGUGCGACAAGGACCCUCUGACGCUCAAGUCCGCCAGCUACCUGGCCGAGCUCUUCCCUCGGGCCAGGUUCAUCUUCAUGGUGCGCGACGGGCGCGCCACCGUGCACUCCAUCAUGUCUCGGCAGGCGGCCGUCCCGGGCUUCAGCCUGGGCAGCUACCGCCGGUGCCUCGAGGACUGGAACAAGGCCGUCGGCCGGAUGCAUGCCCAGUGCCGCGAGGUGGGCGCGGGCCGCUGCCUGGUCGUCCCGUACGAGCAGCUUGUGCUGCGCCCGCGCGGCUGGAUGGAGCGGAUCCUCGGCUUCCUCGACGUGCCGUGGGACGAGUCCGUGCUGCACCACGAGGAGCAUGUCAACAAGCCGGGUGGGGUUGUGGUUCCCAGAUCGGAGGAAUCGAUGGACCAGGUGAUCAAGCCGGUCAGCUCGGAUGCGCUGACCAAGUGGGUGGGGCACAUCCCCCGGGAUGUCGUCCGAGACAUGGCGCAGAUCGCACCCAUGCUCUCCGUCCUGGGGUACGACCCCCACGACAACUUCCCGCGGUACGGGACUCCUGACGCGGCGGUCGCGGGGAACACCAGUAGCGUCCGAGGCCGAGACAAACCUACGAGGAGCGAGGACGACGCAGACUGAACGGUGGAUGUGGCCUUACAUUUGCUCCAGUACUGCCAACUGCAGAGAAAUUGUAAAGCUGAAUCGUUCCGAGUUUGGUUUCCGAGGCAUUGUGCUUUCAUCUUCUUCUGCCUUUGAUGCUAAAGGGAGAAAAAACAAACAGAAGAAAGAAGUAAAUAAGUGUUAGACAAACAUCUUUUCCUUAGUACAUACAGUGGAACCUCAUUAUUACGUACUAGGGGUGUGUGUGAAUAUUUGUAAACAUAAAUACAUAGUUAUGAACAGCAAUAAAUAAACUAUUCAGAUAUGGAGGUUGAAUAUCAAAAAUUAAAAAUGUGAAUACUUAGGUACAUGCACGUCUGUUUUGUUUCCUAUGGUUGUUCCAAAUGCUUCGUUUUUCACAAGCCUUUAAUGUUGUAGUUCCUAAUAUAUCAAUGUAUUCAUAUUCACACGUACCUAUUUUUAUAAAGUUUAUCCCCAAAAAUUUAAAUAAUUAACUACAUAUCUUCAUUAAACAAACAUGUCUCUAUAGCUUGACAGUAGAAAGUAAAUACAACACCAAUUCCAAAUGAACCACAAUGUUAGCAAAAAUGUCAACAUCUUCCGUAUUUUUUAUGAACGUUUGCCUUCAUUUGUAAAAUUUUAAAAUUAUUCUCCAUCAUUUGUAAAAUGUCAAAUAUUUCAAACAUUUUAUUCUAUUAUAACCUUUAAUGUACUUGUUUUAUCACAGUUAAUCACAAAGUUUUGACUGUCACUGCUGUGUGAGGCUAUAAUGAAAAUAAUUUCCAGUGCUUUGAAAUAAAUAUUUUUUUGUUUUACCCUUGAAUCCAUUUUGUAUUUUGGUAACAUAACAGAACAAUAGGUAACAUAUUCUUAAAUGUUUAAUAUUUCCAUAAAAAUUUGUACGUGAUAAGCUACCACAUAACUAUGCUACCUGAACCAGUUUUUUUAAGCAGUUGAUUGAUCAUAGAAAAAAAAUCUUGUUUACAAAGUCUAUAAAAACCCGCCAUGGUACACUCGUGUAGGCAGCCAUUUUUUUUUUGGAUACUGGGUAAGCCUAACCUUAGUUGCAUUAGUUAAAAGCGUAAAAAUGGUGAUUAACAUUUUUAAAUAAAGUUAAUUCAUGUGAAUAACCAUAAAUGGAUAUUGGGCAAAGUAAUGGAGAGUCAUGUUUAAAACAUGAUGAACCAAAUACAUCUACAAAGAAUAGUGGAAUUUGGUACUUUUUCACCGGCAACAAGAAAAGCGGCAGAAUAUAAAACGUGCCACUAAGUUCUGAAAACUUCAACAGGUAACCUUUUUUAAAUUAUAAUUUAUGCAUUUCUUGAACAUGUUUUUUUGUAACUCAAUAUGUAUCUGCAAGGUUGCUAUGUACUUCAAUUCACGCUAACACAUGCUAAGUAAGUGUGGCCUUCUUAUGUUUAGUUUCUGUGCUCUGUUUACUCAUAUUUAUUUAAAAAAUUUUAAAAAUAUUUUAGGUUCUACAAAUACUCUAAGUAACCAUUUAUCUGCAAGAUACAAAAAGGAAUAUACACUUUACACUUCUGAGCAGAUCGUUGCUGGAUCAGCCAAAAAAGAAGAAAUUUUCUAAAGAAAGCAAAGGAACAAUCAAUCACAUCACACUUGAUGCUGAAAUGGACCGUCAGUUCGAAAGCAGCAGAAUGAGUUAAGUAUAAAUUGCAAAAUUCAUUGUUUUAGACUUACACCCGUACAGUGUCAUUGAGGAAGAUGGAUUUAGUGAGGUGAUUAAAGAUGCUUAUCCAAGAUACACUCCUGUACAAUAUAUUCGAGAAAAAUGGUGCCAAGUUUAUUACUGUCAACCAAGGCAGGAUUUAAGACAUAACUAGAUGAAGACAGGGUAAAAUAUAAAAAUGUUCAAUCGUUUUCUCUGACCACUGAUUUUAGGAGGUCCAGGGCAGAGUUUGUUUUUCAACAGACGGUAAUGUAUUCAAUAGCAGGCGAGAAGUAUUACAUCACAACAAUGUUAAACAAUUAAUUUUCCUUUAUGAGAAUUUGCAAAAAAAUAAAAUGAAUUAUGGAGACUCAAGUGAAAUAAAAUGUGUGAAAUUGAACUUAGAAUCAAUAAAAAAACAUAUUUUUCUUGCUUACAAAAUGUGUCCAGGAAUUGUUUUCAAAAGAAUGUUGAUGACAUGAAGUGGAAAGCAAUUUUUCCCUUCUCUUUUAUGCUUUUUAGAUUAUUUAUAGACUUGACACAUUAAAUUUGUAUUUUUUUUUAAAUCAUAACUACAACUUAUUUGUCAUGUAGUAAGACUAAACACAAUUUUGUUACUACUGAGUUUGCAGAGAGGCAUAAAAUGUUAUCAAAAACAAUAGAAAAAAGGGUUUGCAAUAUUUUUAUUCAUUGUCAAUUUAUUUAGCUAAUUAUUAUAAUUUGAUAGCAUUCAAGAAAUUCUUUAACUAUGUUAAAGGAAAAAAAAUAUAUAGAAACUGGGUAUCUAGUUUCUUUCAAAUUAAGUUUACAGCAAAAUGAAUAAAACCAACACAAAAUAUGACUACUAUUCGGUUUGAAAAUACAUACGUAUUUAAACAUAACAGUCCACUAUUAGCACACUCCUAAUAAAGUAUUUUCCACUUAAGAUUUUUAUUUUCAGAUCCCUUCAGGAUUUUUCAUAUACACAUAGUGGCAGUUCAGUAUAAAGUACAUUCAUUACUAAGAACAAAAAAAA